AUGGCGCCCACAAAUGUCAAACAUGAACGCCAAAGAUAUUACGAUGUCUUUUAUAAUCAUAAUGAAGCAUCAUCCCUCGAGCCCGCUCAAGUCCCAAGGCAGAACCGUCGACAAGCGGACGCGUUUUCGUGUUCAUCAGCAAGUAACGAGAAUGAAGCAUCACCCAGUGAGCUCGCUCAAGUCCCAAAGCAAAACCGUCGACGAGCAAACACGUUCUCGUGUCCAUCAACAAGCAACGAAAACGAACGGAGAGCCGAGCGAACAUCAAGCGGCGGACCUCUGCGCACAGUGGAACUAGCACCACGAAAGCAAAACCACGACCAAGAACGCCAGGAGUUCGAGAAGCGAAAGGCAGCAAAGGCACUGUUCUUGCAACACAUGGACGAGCAAGCGCGAAUCAUCAGACGCAGCGACAAUUCAACCGCCCGCCGAAGAUCGAAAGCCGACCGCAAUACCUACUGCAACGCGCAUCCGGGCUGGGUGGAGGAGGAAAGCGAAUCAACCGACGCCAAUACGUCAACCUCCCCCGAGGUUUGCUCCUGGGUUUCAACCCCAGAGCUGAGCUCAGAAAUGAUUGGCCUCUUCAGCAGCGUUCUGACAGACAACGUGAAGACACGCGAUGGCCUGAGAAAAGCCAGCUGCCUGAACCGCGCGUGUGAGCAGCUCUAUCCCGUCCCGGACCAAACGCCAUUUCCAUUUGGUGCGACAGGAAAAACAAGACCGGUUUGGAUAUAUCCCCCGGGGGCUAAAGGGUUGAGAUGGAAUCCAAAAAAGGAACGUAUAUGCGCUAGGCCCCUGGUGAGCUCCAUGAAGCAGGUCGAACCCGUUGUUUAG